CUGCGGUAGGUUGAAUCCGCUCUGGCCGUGUGUGUGUUAAUUGAUGUUCUCAUCACGGUCCCGGCCGUGAACCUCCUCGCGCUGCGGUCACGUGAGCAGGAGGGUGUGCCGAAGAAGAGAGCAGUUCCAUAGAGAGAUACAGCUUAAACAGAAAGAAACUAAAACAGAUUUUAUCCUUGACCGGACCAGUUUGCCAAGCCAAAGGCCACACAGAAGGCAGUGUGUGCGAACGGGCUGGAGUCUGUGCAGCUCCACAACCUUCUUUGCCUGUAAAGUGUGCUGAAAGCUGCUCCGCUCUGCACCGCCCGUGUGCCCCGGCUCCCGUCUGCUUCAGCUGAGAGAUACAAAGAAACCCAGACUGAGUGGGACCACUACAACCAUGAGUCUUUCACUUGUGAUGGCUUCACCAGAUUGCCCUUGAGGUCUGCUUCACUUCUGUACCAGAUCUGCAGUCCACAAUGAGGGUGAAGAGAUGAGCUUGCAAAGAACAGCCCUGUCCCUGCAGUCCCUGCCCUCGGACAUUAACUGAAUCCCGUUCCCCACACGAAGAUGUUCCUGACUCCCAGAUAGCACUUCUGAGGACCAGGCCUUCACAGCACAAGACUGUGCACCAUGGCAGGAGAGACUCAGCGAAUGCACGCCGUCAAAGAGCUCAAUGCUGAGUGCAAACAGCAGGAUGAGGGGACGGCGCUGGAACAGCACAGUGACAAAACCACAAAGGAAUCUUCCGAGCACUUUUCAAGCACAGGCACUGAGGCCAGAUUCAGCAGCAGAGGGGCCAAGGCUGAAAAAGUAGAGAAGGAAAGGGACUGUCCACAGCAGCGUGAAGCUGUCAUACGGCCACAGCAGGCGGGGAAGAUUGACUUCAGAUCACUGCAGAACAGAUCAAAAUUUGCCACUGACAAGACUUGGUCGAGUGGGAAGGGCAGUCCCCAGUCGCCGAGUGCAAAGGGCCGCAGCCGAGAGAAGGUGAAGCGGUCGGGAAAGACAGAGCGUGGAAACCCACAGCAGCUGUACAGACUAAGCAUUACAAAUCCACGGACUGUUGGUAUCGCCUACCCACAGCAAAAGGUUUUGCCACCCAAGAAGUUGGAAACCAGACGUGGCCCGGUCCCUGACAACUACAGAUUUCACGUUCCCAGUAUACCGGAGAGAGAGAUCGAGCUGCAACAAGAAGAGCUCAGCUACAGCCGCUGCUUCCAGGAUACUCCCCCCAACGUUACCUCCCCAAACUUUACCUCACAGGUGCUGGGUUCUUCAAGUGGAGCGUCAUCUCACCAUCAUCCACCUAUGUUACAGCAGCAGCAGCCGGCGUCCAUGGAGAACAGUGCACAGCCUGGCGGUCAGCUGAUUAUGACUGACUUUCAGCUGAACGGCUCUAAUUCAUGGCAGUCUCCUGAAAGGACUUUUAAUGGUGCUAUCUAUGGAGUUUCCUCACAGAAAUCUACGGCCCUCUCAGACGGCAGUAAGGCAAGUGUCUUUGUGCCUGUUCCCUUCCAAUAUGGAUAUCACUUAAUGGAAGAAUCGGCUUCUAACUCGUUUUCCUGUGAACAGAACCUCCAAUCUCAAGACUUCACAAACUCUUCUCUAGGCUCUGUUCACGUUACCCACAACUCUUUUUCCUUUACACCUGGAGACGGGCAAAACGUCGCUCAGAACAGCACUCAGUUCAGCAGUGAACAUCAACCGGAGGACAGAAGUUCAUAUCCCCACCUCUCACAAUCACAGUUUAUUCAGGGGGUGGCAUCAUCCGUUCAGUGUCCCAGGAAUCUGAGUGAGGACUCAGCGAGCAGCGACAGCUCCGGCUCCGGUUCACAGCAGUCAGAACUGGCGAAGACCGCUCUGCCGGAGACUACAGACAACAUGGUACAGGCCGCCACUCGAGAUGCAACCAUCACCUCGGGGAGUAAGAGAAGCUGUCACCCAAAAGACUCAGCUGCCAGCCAGAGAACUCUCAUUCAGGGUAGCGUGCACGCGGGAAAUAUUUCACAAGGUCCAGGUUCCCCCAUGCAUUUUCCCAACAGACCGUUUAACAAUCCUCCAGUGAGCAGCAUUUGCACAGGGCCAGUGCCUUUUGAUAAAAACAUCAACAGUAAGGUUUUGAAUAGGUUGCCACACUCGUGGGAAGGACCUAAUAAGACGUAUUCACCGCCUGAUCAGAACACGGUUCAGUACAAUGACAUGAAUGAGAAGUUUCAGUUCCAGAACAUGACAGCCGUCGAUCAAAGGUCAAAUUCAUCUAAAGGCAGCCGAAUGGCCUGGCAGCAAAUACGGCCGACCUCUGCCAUGCCAAACCCAAACAGAAUAGAGUUAUCGAGGCAAAUAAGCAAUCAGAAGCUGUCUUAUGUAGUUUCCCCCUCCGAGUGGCAGGAUGACGGUAAAUCACACAAGCAAAACUCUUUGAAAAGCCCCAGCUCGUUUCAGAACAGCAGAAGUAGCGACGGGUUUUCAAACCAAAGACGAGACACUUUAAAACACAACACUAACACAGUUUCAACUUUUAAAGUAGAAAUGAGCCAAGCGCAAGUAUGCGAUUCCAAGAACAAGGCAGUAUAUUUUGGGCUUAAUCAGUCUCUUCCACCAGCACUGUCAAGAAACUAUAACUAUCCACAAUUACAGGCCCCACCUGUGGGGCUGAUGAUGGUAUCGCCGUAUGAAUCCCCUUUGCCCUCCCCAAUUCAUAACCCCGCGUCUAGUAGUACCUGCUCCUCCCUGUCCCCGGCAUCCACCAGCCCGGUUAACAUCAGUUCAGAGGACAGUCAGAUGUCAAAGUCAGCACCCCCUCAUUCCUUCUAUAAUCAGACCCAAGGUAAAAUCCAGUUACCCUCAGAUCACCUGAGCGCUCACUCUCACCAGUUCCAUUCGGAGGCUCAGCAAACCCUGCCCUACGCAGCAGACAGGGGCAAAGAGGACAUGAUGAGCUACCAGCAGAGCAACUCGCAUCCAAAGACAGCUCUGGAUGGAAGCAAAGGUUACAUGGAUAGUUUUGGGGUGGAGCACCACCAGCCUCCACCGCCGUACUCUGCACACCAGCUGUUAGCUAGCUCAUUAGCCACAGCAAAUCUCGACCAGUUAGACGUGCUUCUGACGUGCAAGCAGUGCGAUCAGAAUUUCAACAACCUGGCUUCAUUUUUAGGCCACAAGCAAUACUGUGCUCAGCACACGUUUGCACAAAAUGACCUCAAAGACGUGUCGAAGAUGGAAGACAGCAAAAAGUUCCACGUAGAGCCGGUUAAAGCAGUGUCCGCUGUAUCCAACGUCUCGCUGUCAAGGUGUCCUUCUGAUCUUCACCUAUCUUUACUAGGCCUCAACAAAAAUGGAGAACUGAUAUCUGACAGUGAAAUAAAGGGAGAUAGUAAAGAUGAUCCACUGAAACUAAAUCUGUUUUCUGGUUCAGGUAACCUCCCUGUUCCUCUGCCAGACCUGGAAAUGGAGGAUGCCAAAUUGGACAGUUUAAUUACAGAAGCCUUGAAUGGACUGGGAUAUCAAUCUGACAAUGCAGAGAUAGACAGCAGCUUUAUUGAUGCGUUUGUUGACGAUGACCUCAUCACUGUCAAAACAUCGUCAAACAAACAAUGCAUGAAAACUAAAGAAUCCCUGGUCUUUGAGAGCAAAAACAAGCAAGCUGUCGACGACAGAUCUUUCACGCAGGGAAAGUAUUUUUAUGACUCUGAUGUUGAGAGCCACGAGAAGGUGUCUGUGAAUUUGGAGCAGGAUGGGAAAAUUAACAUUAAAAAAGAUAUUGCUCAUAAAAAUUCAAGAAUCACCUCGAGGGAGAAGACGUGGGAACAAGAAAGCAAAGUGAAAGAAGCAAGAAAGCUGUGUAAGAGCGAGGAGAAAAACACAAACACACAAAGGCUUCUCUUAUCCAGCAAGUUCUCUGAGCGUUGUGGUUUGAAAAGCUUUCAGGACAGCUCUGCACUUCAGGGGUCAGCAGCCUCACAGGUCUCGCCAUCUCCAACCUCCAGAACAGUAUCUAAAGAGAGCAAGAGGAAAGGCACUGGAGGGGGCACCUGGAGCAAAGAACUUAUUCACAAAAUAGUUCAGCAGAAAAAUAAACUUCACAAACUCCAUGUAAAAGGUACGAAAAACCUUCAGUUUUCCUUAGUGAUGGAGAGACUCCCUCCCACUGUGCAGAACCCUGCGUUUGGGGAAUACGACUAUGUGUCAGACUCAGAUGAUGAAUGUGAGCCAGUUAAGAUAGCAAGCCAAGGCCGACUGAAUCAAAGCAGUCGCUGUAAAUACACAUACACCAAAGAGUGCAAAUGGAGAGCAAGGAGCGAAAGGGACCAGGCGGCGUGGAGACACGAGUCGAAGGAGUGUUUCCAGAUGAAAAAGAGUGAGGAGUUGUCCCUCUCGCCGGAGAAACACGGCUCUCACCAGAGAAUCAGGAGGAGAGGUAGCCGGUCAUCCACAAGCAGUGACCUCAGCACAUCUGUGAGUGUUUCAAGCGAUAGCAUCAACAGCCCCAAAAGCACUGACCGUACUGACUCAGACAGUGAAAAGAAGACAGAUAAAAAGAGAGAGUCGCCAGAGGAUCAAACCAAUGACAAGUCCUCCCCUCAGAAGGUAUUUAAGGAGUCCAGCACACUAGCACUUACGUUCACAAAAUCUCUCAAGAAGUAUAACGCCAACAAAGCCAUCCUUUCUGAUAACAGAAACAGCACAGAGGAUCAGAGGAAAUAUUGUUCCAAUCCUGAAGCUGCUGAUCAGCCGUCAUACCCGCAAAAAACACGAGACCUAAUAAAGAACACUGAAAAACGAGGAAAAGCUCACACCAAAUCCAGAGAGAGGCUUACUCAUAAAAAGGAAGCGGUCUCCGUAGUCGGUUCAGACAGAAACACUCUACAGAGAACAGACAACCUGCACACUAAAGAAGAACCAACACGAUGUAGCGGCACGGAUAAUAAGACGCCACAGUUUGAGUCGCACUCUCCUGCAAUCACCACAGAAGCUGAUUUUAUUACUGAGGGAAAAACAAAGGACAGAAGAGGAGAGGGGGCUCAAGCCACACCGCCAGAGUUAUCAGGCCCGUUGGAGAAACAGAGCAACAGUGCCUGCAUGGUGAAAGAGGCUAUUACUUUAGUCAAUGACCUAGACACACACAAACCGGCAUCUCUCUGCCAAUCUUUGAUGGAUGAGGUGUGCCUUUCCCCAGCUGAAAGUCAAAGCCCAUUAAUACAAAAAGAUGCACUACACCUCAUUCCCUACCCUCUGGAUCAAGAGCAAGGGCUCAUGAAAUCCCCACUUUCAUUUGACACGUCAUCAAUGUUUGCAGAGCUCGCAGGUUUUGACAGUGGUCUUUAUUCUGAGAUGCCCAUUCAAAAAGAGGCUUUCCAUUCACUGGAGAACACGGCUCAUAAAAAGGAAGAGUUUGUGUCAUCUUUCUCUCCCUUUCUGGAGCAAAGAGACUGGAGCCUCAUCGUUAGCCCUGUGCUACCAGAUGAAAUAUCUCAGUACAAAGGCAACUCAGAGAAAUCAAAUGAGAAAAAGACAGAUUACAGUCAUGUUCCUUUGUCUCUGCCAGAAAAAAUAAUUGACUACAGUGCAAAUCUCAACAGCUGUGCCUCUGAAGACGAGUUAGAGAUAAAGAGAAUAGUCAAUGAGCUGGAGAACCAGCUACAGACUACGAAGCUGGAAAGCCCUCCGAUACUGACUCAGGACUCCAAGCAGCUGCAAAUGAGCAAAUUUUCACCUUUACGACUGGGUGACGAGUGUGAGAGGGUGAGCAACGGCUUGAACAUGAAAAGCCCAGAGCAGAAAAUACAUGCACCGGUAUCGAGGAUUCCUUCAGAGCCUUUCCCUGAACCAGCACUCCCGUGGCCCAGUGCGUUCCAGUUUGAGUUAAUGGAUGAACAUCACAGCCCCCACACUCCCAUUCCCAAUGUACCAGCAGCACUGGAUCAGCAACCGCUCCGUCCUGAGCAAAAACCAGAGGAGGAAAGUUCUGAACAUCUGACUCCCGUUGAAACAAAGGAAGAGAUUUUAGAACAGAAAAGAUACACAGAAAAUCUCAUGAAAAGCCUGGAAGUGAUUUCAGACUCUAUAUUCAGAGGAGAUCCUAUUAUAUCAGUACACAAAAAGCAAAAUGUCAACUCUCUCACAAGUCAACAAUAUGAAGAAACUGAAUGUCAGGCGAGUGAUGCAGCUGAGAGGGAAGAUCGCUGUGAAAAAGAAGCAAUUACCGGAAAGGAGAACAUUUCAUCACGUCCAAAUAUCAAUGAGGGGAAGGAUGAAAUUGAAUUCAUUCUGGAUGAGUCACAGUCAUCUCUCUCCAACAAGACUGACCCUUCAGUCGGCGGCAACCAGCCAAUUCCAUCGCAGCCAAGUGAACCCACGGAGAACAGGGAUUACAUGCCAGAGACUGAAGUCGCAGCGGAGGACGAUAUUGCUGCAAAUUGUCACAUGACGGAUUCUGCUAACUGCCCGAGUGUUGAGGCACGUGACCAGGACAAUGUUGAAAAGCCCCACGGUAACGCAGACAACAAUGUGAAUCAACUGAUUAAAAACAACAUGGAUUGCAGUGAAUAUUUGCACGCAGAGGCAGGGAAGGUAAUCUGUCCUCUCCCCGAGGACCGUCCAUCCUCACCAGCUCUAGCUGAUCCCCCUCAAUGUAUUAGUGAGAAUGUGGCAGAUGCGCUGAAAGAAGAACUGGAACAACAAUCUGCCCAUGACAAUAAACGUACCGAAGACAUCGUUUCAUCUUAUGCUGGUGAGUUGAGGGUGAAAUGCUCGGACAGUGUAACUGAGGAAAUAACAGCUAAUGCAUCAAAACCGGAUGAUUUAACAAAAGCUUCUCCCUCCCAGAACUCAAGUCCUUUAAAUAUGUACAGUGAAACAGAUACACCGGUGCAGAUUUGUAGCACAGAAGAGCCCUGCAGUCCCAUCAUGCAGGGGGCUGAUAUAGAAAGCUGCUGCUCACCCCUCCAUGACAUCCAAUCUACAGAGGGACCAAGCAAUCUGUUGAUCCUGUCACAGCCUGACGGCAUCAUUAACGACGAUCCCUGCAAAAUGACUCCUUUUAAUGAGUCAUUAAAAACCGGAGUGGGUCUCGUGUUUGAGUCGACUCAGAAACAGGAAGAGAAUUUGAACGUUCAAGUCAUCAAGGAGGAUCUUCCUGUUGAUUUCAUGGCAAGUCAACACAACUCCCCGUGCAGAGAGGAUGCAGAGGAAAGUCACUGCAUCUUUUUAGACACCAUCUCACCAAUCAGUCCCCUUUUAUCAACCUCGCAUCAAAGACCAGCGCAGAAAUUUGAGCCAGAAGAGGAUUUGUGUGAUCCCAAAAAUGAAGGUAUCGACCAAGGCUCAGCUCUAAAAGCUAAAUCUCCCAUAGUCGAGGAUGACAGUCAAACUGUUGAAGAGGAUGUGAGCAGCGAUGAAUUAAACCCCACGGUUGGGAAGGACGGCUCUCUGAUAAGCACAGCUCAGAUGGAGCUGAGAAUCACAGAGUGUAAAAUGCCGAGCGUUGAAGCGGCCGUCUCCUCCCCACUUCCUGUAAGCAGUGCAGCAGAACCAGCAGAGGUGGGAGACGGCCUUGAAAAAAGUGAUCUAAUGUAUGAUUUAAAGCUCAGUCCUCUCAACUAUAACAGCAUCUCAGACGAACCUCCACAGCUGAAUCAGUACGACUACAUACCAAUAUCACCCGCCAGUAAACCUGAGGAGAAUCUCGAGGCCGAGCGGCGACCCAGAGAUAACCCUGAAUCAUAUGAAUUGAGCGUUAACCCUGCACUGAUUUUUAACCCGACUGAGACUGAUACAGCGGCGUCACUUAACCCAGAUCCUUCAGCCAAGCUGCAGUCAUCAGAUGAACCACUCGUCCUCCAACAGAGUAUCAAAUUCACAGAUUUCACAGCGGAUCUCCCCGCUGAAAUCUCAAAAACAGAUUCCUCGGCUGGUAACGUAAAGACAAGCUUGGAUAUUUUCCACGAUCCCGCCGAGCCCGUCGAGCAUUUGCAUAUACAGGCUGACCUCCCGAGCAAAGCUGAAACAGAGAACUCACAUUCUCACAGGGCUUCUGUUCAAGACGGCACUCUUCUCAAAAAAGAUUGUUCAGAUGGUCCACCCACACCCAAACCACUCAUCAUCUGUGAGGAGGAACAAAUGCCCCCUCCACCAGAGCAAUCAGAGAAACAACCCGCAACAGAGACGGGCAAGUGUUCUGCAAUUCAGCAAACGCACAGAGAAGCAACGCAAAAAAAGACACAGAGCAGCGGUUCCCAACAGGGCAAGGUGCUGUGUGAUAUUUGUUUAAUGUGUUUCCGGACUGUGCCGGGCUUAAAGAGACACAAGGCCAUGAAGCAUUUGGUCAGAACUAAAAAAUACAUUGGCCCACAAAGCACAACAUCAAGCCAUCGGGGGACUAUGCUUAUUUAUGAAGCAUCGCAAACAUCAGAGAAGAAGCAUAAAGAUGAUUCACAGACUUGUUUUCCAACAAAAAUAGAUGGCCUGCCGGAGAUAAGUAGCUCCCUCAUAUCUAAAACAGCAGAGACUGAGUCAGUCCUGGAGGAGAUGGCCACUGGAUGUGCGGGUGUAGCAGCAGAAGAUAAGACGGGCCAUCAAAACCCUCUGCUGCCAAUAAAGGCAAAAAAAAACACUAAAACUCGAAAGAACAAAAGCAUGGAGCUCAAUCCUGACCCUUUCUCUGAAGAGCUUCUGAAUAUAUUAAAAACAGACAUACUUCAAGCUAUAACUCCUGAAUUCAAAAGCAGCGCAACACAAGAGCGCAGCACAUCCCCGGAGAUAAAAAUCAAUGACAGAACUGUUGCUGGAACGGAGGAAUUACCCCGCCAUGUUACUUCAGAUUCUGCUUUUGACAAUAAACUCCAAUCUCCAAUAAAAAAGCAAAAUGUACCUAGUGAAACUGUGGAGAUUAAUCAGAUGGCUGACAGAGAGGAGAUGAAGUGUGCGAGCAUGGCGAAGAUGGGUAAUUUGGAAGUGUGUACAGACAGUAAUGUGGAAAGUGUGUCUGUAGAGAACGAGAUUAUCAGAGAAAGUGAGUCCAGAAAGACUCCGUGUGCUGUGGAGCAGAUGUGUGACCUGAAAGGAUCAGAGGACAGCCUUGCCCAGGAGAUUCUUAGAAAAGUCUCUGCAGAGAUAAAAUGUGAGCAAAACAAAAAGCCCUCAGACAGUGUACAUCCUCUAUCCUGUUUGAAUUCACCCCCCCUCAGUCCACCCAGCAUCAGUCCGGAUCUCCGGGCCAUACUCGAUGAUGACACCACAUUUUCACAGCUGUUCCCUAGAGAUGGGGAGGCAAAGCGCAAAAAAUGCCCAAGGGUGUAUACCAAGAGAAACAAAAGACAGAAGUUGUCCCCCCAACCAGCUGUGACUCCAGACUACCUUCACCCGGAAACGUUCUCGCAAAGUAAAGAGGAUUAUGUGGAGGCCCAAAGUGAGCAGACAUUCACUGACAAUCAGACCAACCACUGUGACUAUGAGACCAUUUCUAUUGAUGAUGCCAUCAUGUUGAACAUGUGCCACAACAGCACUUUAAAGACUGAUGGCAAACCACUGCCAGAGGUUAAACAAAGCGAUCAAGAGGAUCUCCAUGAGGAAGUCAAAGAGAUCAGCAACAAACCCCUGAAUCCACAGGAGAGCACCAUCGAUAAAUCUACCAUCGAAUGGAGUGGCUCCGGUGACUUUAGUGGCCUCGAUGCAUGCUCUUCAGCGGCCUCUGAAUCCAGUAUCAGUAAACCAGAUGUGCCAGCUGUGCCAGCUGUGCCUGUCCCUGUGCCGCCUGCCCCCCACGCCGUGGAGCCAAGUGUCACGGAGGCCGUUCAAACCUUCCACAGCAUCGACAUCCAAAACAUCAACACCACAUUCCAGCUUCCCGAGAUUCAGUUCUUUGACUCCGAUAAAGACAUCGCAGUUACCCCUCCUCUUGAAACUGCAGACACGGAGAGCAAAGACGAUGAAAAGUCGAAGAAAAUGACAGAACGGCGAGGCAGGAAGCGACAAGACGGAGGAAUGAAAGUGAAAGAUAAGCAGUACAAGUGCAAAGUGUGUUUCACUUGGUUCCUAACCCUGGGUGAGCUGAACUUCCAUAAGCUCUCUCACAACCCCUCUCCACCACCAACCUGUUACAUGUGCGUCCAGCGCAAAUUCAGCUCCAGGGAGCAACUGAGAGACCACCUGAGGGAGAAACAUGCCAAGAACAAGACAGGUAUCUGGACUUGUGGAAUGUGUCUGAAGGAGAUAUCAGAUGUGUGGAUGUACAACGAGCACUUGCGAGAGCACGCCACUCAAUUCGCCAGGAAAGGUCAGACUCAAGGCUCCAUGUUAGGCAUUCCAGGCUGCUUCAUGCAAGAGACAGCGGUGAAGAAUUUUAUCUCCUCAAUUAUGCAGCACAGGCCCAGCAAAGUCAAUAAGGAUUCCAGCAAAGCUGCUAAAGAGCAGGAGAAAGCUGUUGUUGCGGACUGCGCCGUAGCGGAGAGGAAACCCUCGGAGGGGGCUGAGCCAAAACACCACAAAAGUAAAAGCAGCGGAGAAGCAGGUGGGAAGCAGACCGUGUUAGCCCCACUUGAGGUCCUCCACAAAACAGAGACACCCAAAAGUGUGGAGAUGCAUCCCAACUGCAAAGACCCGUCGAGAGACUGCCACCACUGCGGGAAACAGUUUCCUAAACCAUUCAAACUCCAGAGACAUUUAGUGGUUCACAAUUUAGAGAGGAUUUUCCUGUGUCACAAAUGCCCCGUCUCUUAUCAGGAGGCCCAGGAGCUGAAAGAUCAUCUGAAGAGAGCUCACGAAGAGGUGGAUGAGUUAGAUUCCAAACACACCACCCUCUACACCUGCGAGCUCUGCGCCGAUGUCAUGCAUGUGAUCAAAAAGUCUUUCAUCUGCAGCACCUGUAACUACACCUUCUCUAAGAAAGAGCAAUUUGAUCGUCACAUGGAAAAGCAUCUCUCGGGGGGGAACAAAAUUUUCAAAUUCCGAGGCGUCCUCAGACCUGUCACCGUGUCUGUAUCCAAAGAAAAUGAAUGCGAUUCGCCUGCGAGUAAGAAGAGGAGAAUUCUCUCCGACAGUUUGCCAGAAAACAGCUCAGACAGCGGCAUUGCUAGUGUGAGCUCACAGCACUCAAAUCAGAACGCUGACACGCAGUCUUCAAAACCCUCCGUGUCCACGGCCGACGACUCCACACAGACCACUGCCAACGAAUACCACAACAACACCAACAACACUAAUGUGAAGACAGAGGACAUCGCUGAGGACUACUCCCAACUACUUGUAGAGCUGGAAAAAUGUAUUCACAUGAGCUCGUCUGAGUCUGCUACGCCCAAGGAGGAGGAGACCGACCUUACUCCCUCACCUAAUCUCCAUUCAGAGGUCAAUGGGAAAUCAAUUACCGAUCCAUGUGAAGUGAAAGAGGAGAACGAGUCGGUCUGCAUAAGAGCAGAGACAACUUCAUGGUCAGCAUCUAAAGAGAGAAGUCCUGCGGGGGAGGAGAGGGUUAAAGCUAAAGAAGGUGACACUACUGAAAAAGAUGGGAAAACAGCCCCUGAGACCUCUUUUGUCAGCCUCAAAGAAAACCAGAUCCUUUUAAAGACACCUGAGUCUGCAAAGCAUGAAUUAGCUGCUAAUGAGAUGAACCAACAAGGGGGUGAUGAGCGGUGGCAUCACGCGUUGUCUGGAAAUGACAGUAAACAGCAGGUAGUAUCUCAGGGUGCUGAGCAGGAAAGUGGUAGUCGGAUGAGAGACGUUGCCGCGGCUCCAGUAGCUGAAAAGACUAAAAACAGCAAUCCAAACGCCAGCACAAAGACUACAGAAUCAACACCAGUCCUUCACUCCAAGGCUCCCCUCAACGCCCCGGCCUCAAACGAGGACAAGGACUCUGUGAAACAGCAGAAGAAGAGGAAGGACAUGAAAUCCCCGCACACGCCGCAGCGGGUUUCCCCUCCAGCCACGCAGGAGAACUUUGGAGUUGAUUCCAAAGCCAAAAAGAAAUUUCGCCCAAGCAAAUGUGCAAAUCCCUCCCUGCAAAGAAAGUCAGAUGGAGCCAAUGAGUAUCCCGUGCUGUCGUCGGUGCGGGACGACGUUGUCAGCAACAAAAUAGUUUCCAAGUGCAAGACUGUAAACAUGAGCAUACAGUCAAAGAAGAAUUUGCUCGAUAGCUGUGUGCAAAAGAAAACUGACGUUGUUGCCCCUCAGAAUGGGGAUUAUAAAGCCAAAAAGGGACCUCUAGGGAGAUCUGUGCAUCCUCCUGUAUCUAAGGUUUCCUCAGUUCCUAUGAACAAUUCUCUAAAUAAACCAAAGCCAAAGAUGGCCGUUAGGUCAGUGGAGAGUCAUUCCUACCGGACCGCAGAGUCCCAAAACUACCUUUUGAGUCAGCUGUUCGGCCAAAAACUCACUAGCUUUAAGAUUCCUUUAAGGAAGGACACAUCAGAAUCUAUUAACUGAGGAGGAGGGAGGGGAAGUGUGAGGGAUCUGUGAAUAAGAGACUGUAUAUUUUCACAGUUAUAAAUGUAUAAGACAAUUCAUUAUGGUGAAUGAUAUUGCACAGCUCUUUUCUGUGAAAUGUUAUCUUUAAAUACUUACAUAGUCACUUUAUGUCUUCUUUGUACAUGUGUUGUUAUUACACAAAUGUGAGGACGAAUGGCAGAUAUGAACGUUGGGUCAAAAAUGAAUAUGCUAGUUGAGGAAAUCAUUGAGAUCUGAAGAGAUUUUAUUUCAAUUGCUUAAAGGAGAGGGAAAAAAAGAAUACUUGAAAACCCAGCAAGAAAUGCAUGUUCAUUUUGCAUUCAUCACAUGAGGUUUCAGUCUUUCUGGCAAAGGACCAAAUGAUUUCACAGCUGACUUGGACUGUUACCCGUGCACCUUUCAUACAUGCGUCCAAUAUAUUCAUUUUGGGGUUCUUUUGUUUUUUUAAAUUUUACUGUACUGCAAUGACAUUCAUCAUUACAGGCCUUUUGUAAAAACAUUACCUGGUGCUACAUCGUGUUUACUUGUAAUGUGAAUGCUCAUGUGACCUCUGAAGGGAACAUGAGAUCUGCCGCAGUUACAGUAUGUACAUCCAGCUGUUUUUACUGGUUCUAUGUACUUUAUUGAGCAUACUGUGUUAACCAUCCAACUCAAGCAUAUGUAGGCCGAUACAACUCAUAAUUAGGAAAACUUCAAUUGUAUAAACUCAGGUGCACACAAGGACAUCACAGUCCCAAGACCUGUAUUUGGAGUUUUUCCCAUGCACUGAUAAUACCACACACAAAUUACAAUCUCAUCCAUCUGUGUUUGUAACUCCAAAUGUUUAAUUAUGAAUAGUAUUUACUAGGACAACAAAGGUGCUUUAUCUUGUUUAUACUGUAUGUACCUUAUAUUGUAUAAUAUUGUAGGUAGUUUGAUGUUUGGUUUAAUGCUUCAUGACAAAGUUUUAUUUUAAAUAAUGUGCAAAAUGAAUCAGACUGAAAAGAAAGGGAAAUGCAGCACCUCUUCUUGCAAGUUGUAAAGUGGUUCACAAAGUGCCUCUUUUACAGUUGGUUAUUAAAGAUCUGUAUUGGUCUCUCCUUUGUCUUCUCCUCCUU